CUCCUUCCACGUCCCUCCUGUCGCAUUUCUCCAGUCUACCACCAUCAUGAUCGUUCGAGUUCGCUGCAAAGACGGUACUUUCAGGCUUGAUCUUGACCCCCAAGCUGACGCUGCCAAAUUGGGCAGUAAGAUCGUUCAUGAGGUGCCUAACGUUGAUUCAGUGACAAUCAAGAUAUCCAAUCAGCCUAGGGGUGGUGAGACGCUAUUGUCAACCUUGGUCGGGAGGACUAUAGGGGCGCUGGGCUUGAAACAUGGGGACAUGAUUUUUGCUUCGUAUGACUACCUGGGUGCUGCAACCACCAGCGCAGCACCCUCUGUUCCGAACAGUUCAGCGACUGCAGUUCCCUCUGUCGCCGCCCAGACCACUUCGUCCAAUGCACCGGCAAAGAGGACAUGGGAAGACGUUCAAGAGGACCCAGUCGACGACUUCUGGAGACAAAAGGACGGAAAGAUACCUCGCGAGCGCGACGCGCAGUUUUGCAAGCACGGAACGAAUGCAAUGUGUGACUAUUGCAUGCCUUUAGAACCCUGGGAUGCAAAGUAUCGUGCUGAGCAUAGCAUAAAGCACCUCUCGUAUUGGGCUUACUUGCGGAGUAAGACGGUUGGCGUUGCACAGAGUGCGCCCGCUGGCUUGCCGCCGCUCGACAAACUUUCCUACCGCGUCAAAGUGCCUUGUCCCUCGGGGACUCAUGCGCCUUGGCCUGGCGGUAUCUGCAGCAAGUGUCAAACCUCUGCAAUCACGCUGCAGCCUCAGUCCUUCCGCAUGGUUGAUCACGUGGAGUUCUCAUCUUCAACCCUCAUCGAUAAGUUCUUGUCCGCAUGGAGGAAGACUGGGCUGCAGCGAUUCGGAAUCCUCAUCGGGCGGUACGAACCUUAUCCAGAAGUCCCGAUGGGUAUCAAGGCUGUCGUUGAAGCUAUACAUGAGCCGCCACAGGAAGGAGAGGUGGAUGGACUCACGCUCGGUCUUCCGUGGGAGGACGAAAGCAGAGUGAAGCAGCUCGCCGCUGAUUGUAAAGGGCUGCAGAUGGUUGGAGUUAUCUUCACCGAUCUCACUGCCGACGAAACGGAUCGAACUAAGCUGAUCUGCAAAAGGCAUAAGGAUUCCUUCUGGCUAUCAUCUCUCGAAACCAGUUUUGCAGCCACAUUACAACUAUCGCAUCCAAAUCCAUCUCGUGCUGCACCAUCUGGCCACUUUUCUUCCCGAUUUGUUACGUGCGUGCUUUCUGGAACACCCAAAGGCGAUAUCGAUGUGUCAUGCUAUCAAGCAAGUGAACAGGCUUGUGCCAUGGUCGACGCGGACAUCAUUGAAGCAAGCGUCGAGCCCGGUAUUGUGCGUGUCAAGGAAGAGUCGGCGUCAAGGUAUAUUCCCGACGUGUUCUUCCGCUACAAGAACGAGUACGGUCUAGAUGUCCAGCAGACCGCCAAACCCUCCUUUCCCGUUGAGUAUCUUCUCGUGAACAUCACACAUGGAUUCCCAACAAACCCCAGCCCGGCAUUCAUUUCGACUGAUUUCCCGAUCGAGAACAGACCUGGACUCGAAGAUCAGGAUAUGUCCAAAGUUGUUGACGAGCUCUUCAAGCGAGGUGCCAGUGCGAUAACAUCUCCGCGGGAUGCCCGAACAAGUCCGGCCACAUCUCAGCAGGUGAUGACGUAUUUGAGCGAUUGGCACCUUCUGUCAUUCUUAGGAACGGUCGGUGUUCUGUCUGCGGACGAUGUGCGGAUCAUGGCAGAUGCAGUGACUGCUCCAAACCUCGAAUCCACAGAUGGGAUGGAGGCGAUUGCCAAACGUGACGGGUGGCAGACACUCAUGGCUAUCGUUGGCACCCACAGUCCUGCCAUUCCCACACGCCCACCCCCACCGUCCGGGGAUAUUGGGAUGGACGACGAGUUCGAGAUACCGGAAGACUUCGAUGUGCCCCUGGACACGGCAACUCAUGGUGCCGUGUCUGGGACAAAGACAUGCCCUCAUUGCACUUUUGAUAAUCCCGCUGAUGCGACCGAUUGUAUGAUUUGCGGACUUCCCAUGGAUUAGAGGGGGGAGAACGUCAUCACAAU